UGACGUGCCAGUGCGUCUGUGAAGGGUAGUUGUCAUGAGGAGCUAAAAGUGGCUGUAGUUAGGACUGCUGAUGUUAUAACCUGAAAAUAACCCCUUCUGUUAGCAUCAACGGCAACGAUUCGUGCAUGAUUUAAGGAUCAUACGCUUUAUAAACACUAGGACGCGAUUGGAAGCUUCAGGAGUUAAAUCAGCAACAUGGAGUGGUUUGAUGAACAGGACCGAAAGAAGACAGACACACACCCACACGAGAAGCCAGUGCAGCCCAGUGCAGACAGCAUGGCUUCCCUGUGCCCGAGUCAGCAGCACUGUGUAAAGGCCUCCAUUGCGUGGCAGCUGGCGGAGGCACAAGACCGACUCUGCGGUUUGGAGCUUCACAGCUCAGAGUCUGUUGAACAGGAGCACGCCCGAGCUCUGGCUUCUUCCACUGAACUUUCACAGAACGAACUGGAAUGGAGACAAAAGGAGAGAAUGCUGGGAAGAAGUCCAACACUGUGUCCGGAGGCCAGCCGAGAUGUGUUUGACAAGAGUAUCAUAAACCGUUCACAAUGGCCUAAUGAAACCGAACACGAUAAAAGCCAAAGUUUUGUCCAGCGUUACGAGGAGCUCUUGAAACAUUUUGGUAUGUUAAGGAGGUGGGAUGAUAGCCAGCGCUUUCUAUCAGAGUACCACCAUCUCAUCUGUGAAGAAACAGCCAAUUACUUGAUCCUGUGGUGCUUUCGGCUACAGGCAGAACAAAAAGAGGCCUUAAUGGAGCAGGUGGCACAUCAGGCGGUUGUCAUGCAGUUUAUUCUGGAGAUGGCCAGAAACACCCAGCAGGACCCGCGAGGCUGCUUCCGUCAAUUCUUUCAGAAAGCCAAAGCUGGACAGGAGGGAUACUUGGAUGUUUUCCACGCAGAACUUGUGGCCUUCAAGCAAAGAGUAAAGGAGUACACUAUGAAAUCUAAAGGGGAAACCCCAAAGGAGACGGCACACCAGAACACUACCCCGGGUUGUCGCCUUGAUCCUAAAGAAGUUUUAGAGUCUUUGCCUCCGGAUUUGAAAGCGUGUAUCCAGAUGCAAGAUAUGCAGAUUCUUCAAAACGUGCUGAGCUCCAUGAACCCACAGGUGGCAGAAUAUCACCUGAAGCGUUGUUUGGAAGCAGGACUUUGGACAAAUAUACCCAGAGCCUCUAAAGAGGAGAGUUCAGAAACGGAUGAAUGGAGAAUGAUGGAGACCUAGCAGACCUCAGUCCAUAGAGAAACAUCAGUAGGAAAUGCGCUUUAGUUCGGGAGAGACGUGAAGAUAAAGGGCUGCGCUCAAAGACUUCCGUUUCGCAUCCUUGCCUGAACGUGUGCUGCACUUUAUAUUUGUUUAAAAGAGGAAACUAUUUAAAUAAAAUACAGGGAACUGUAUUUUGAGGCAGUUAUAUUUUUGUGCACAUUUUGUUGCUAACAUUUUUGUCAACUUAUUUGAGCAGUAGGACGUAAGUAAUAGUCCAAAAGGAGGAUAUUUUUUCUUUGCUGUUGUGCAUUUUGGUUUGAUCAUUGAUAUUUGACAAGCGUGGAAAGGCUUCGUUUAAAGCCAUUUUCAAAAUUCACAUUUGUUUUUACGAGGUUCACGUAACGUUCAACUCUCACUGCUGCUAUCUGCCAAAUGUUUUGUGUUUUAUGAGUUCAUGGACGCGAUAGAUUACAGAAAGCUUCCUGCAGAUAAUGAAACGGUGUAGUGAAACAAGAUUACCCCAUCUUUAUUUGCAAUCCCCCACUGACCAACAACAAAGACAAGAAAAACAGCAAUGUUUUAUUACUUUGAAAUUAAAAGAAAUUUUACACCAUAUCAAAAUGUUAACUGAAUGAGCAAGGCCAUGUUAAUAUCAUGAAUUUGACUUUGAAAUGUCAGUUUUGCAUAUACAUUAUACAUCACAACAGAUUGCAGAUGUGUUGUUUGCUUAACACAGAGACAAUUUACUGUUACCGGCGUAUAUACGGUAAACCCAGGAACUGUGAUAUUAAAUUGUGGAGUAAUGAUAACUGUGCAAGCUUUACAAUCAGAUUAAUAUGCUAAAUUCAAUCUUUACUACAACAGUAUUGCAGACCGAACUGCUAAAAAUGUUUUAUUUCACUGUAGUUGUUGAGGUUUUAUUGUUAUUGUACACUUGUAUGGCAAGCAAUAACAUAAGUACAUUUUAGGGCUUUUCACACCUGAAAUUGUUAACCCUGGGUUAUUCUAAAACCAGGGUUAACGGAAUCCUGGGUUAUUUUUUUCAUGUUUCACACUGUUCAAACUUAACCAGGGGUUAAGAGAUAACCCUGGGUAUUCAUAAUUUGACAUUUUACACUGUGCAUUCCUAAACCCUGGGUCAGGAGUCUCCAACCCAGUUUCAACACACCUGUCUGUAAUUAUCAAGCCUUGAUUAGCUACUUCAGCUGUGUUUAAUUAGGGUCAUAACAUUCUAACCCUGCAUCGUUUCACACUGCAUGCGUUUGGCACCAAAAUGCGGGGUUAACACCACAAAUGCGGUGCUAACCCUGCUCCUGAGCAGGGUUUCAUAACCCUGGGUAAAAAGCAGUGCUAACACCGCUUUCAAAUUACAGGUGUGAAACGCUCCUUAACCCAGGGUUAAAAGCAGGGUUUAGAAUGAAGAUAACCCAGGGUUAAGCGCAGUGUGAAAAGCCCUUUAGUUUUAGUUAGCCUAUCUGAUUUGAUUUGAACCGUUUUCAUGGGCAGAUUGAAAAAUAAACACAUUAGCUGGU